ACUCUUAAAAGACAAAGAUGGCCACGGACAGGGUGAGGGGCAUCAGCCUGGCGGCGCUGCAGCAACGCGACCCGUACGUCUCGGGCAUCGUGGACGUGGCCAGCCAGGUCGCGCUCUACAGUUACAACACGGCCUCCAACGAGUGGGAGAAAACUGAAGUUGAAGGUACAUUAUUUGUGUAUGCCAGGUCUGCAUCCCCUCACAAUGGCUUUACAAUAAUGAACAGGCUGAGCAUGGACAACCUGAUCCAGCCCAUCACCAAAGAUCUGGACUUCAAGCUGCAGGACCCGUUCCUGCUUUACAGGAUUGCAGACUUAUCCAUACAUGGCAUCUGGUUCUAUGACAAGAAUGACUGCCUUCGGAUUGCAAAUUUGAUGACCGAGCUAGCUCAAACAUCGAGUGGGAAAAGCACAGAAAGUCGUGAAGCAUGCACAGAGAAAUCUGUUAAUAUCCUGGAGAUGCUGAACCGAGCAAGGGAGGUGUACCAGCAGACGAGACCGGGACAGGAAACAAAUGCAGCCGGUGCCCCUGGCACCACAGAGAUACUCGCCGUUGCCCCAAUGACAAGUUUGACGCAUCAACAAGUUGCAAAUCCCCCAGAGGACUCCUGCAACAAACGGCUGAGCGUGGCGGCGCUGCUUGGUACAUGCGCACAGACGGACAGUGCAUGCAACGCCGCCCCUUGUGACUCCGUGUCCCAGGGGACCAAGUCUUCCUGCAAACUGGCAGUGGCACGGGCCCUAUCCUACGAGCAGGCUGCAUCUUCGCAGCAUACGGCAGCUGGAGAGAGACAUAGCUUCCAGCAGGUGGCACCGCAGGCCCACUUGCAGUCUGUCCACGAGCCGCCACCGCCGCACCCUGAGGGCCGGUGUCAGUUGCCCGCACAGGUUCACCAGUGCCUGCCGUAUGUGGUAGAAUGCAGCAAAGACAGGGGCGAGAAUGAGCAGCUGCUGCAGAAGCUGCACGGCAACCGCAUUCCUGCAAAGCAGGGGGCCGCAAUGCCCAUCGUUCAAAGCUGCCCAGAUUUCGGCAGCCCGGUGACAGCUCGGCAGAUGCCGCCCGGGACCGCAGACUCGGGCGCUGCCACAGGCCAGGUUUGGCACAACGUCAGGCUGCCCCACGCGCCCGCCAUGCAACCGGGAAGCUGCUUUGUUCCGCAAGCAGGCGGCCCAGAAUUCCAGGGUGCACCUCAUCUGAGGAGCGCGCUGCAGGCCGGCGAUUUGCACGUGGCUUUGAAGAGCGGACAGACUCCGGGCACGGUGCCGCAGGGGAACGGCUUUCAGCCAGUGGCUGGGCUCGUGCAAUCGAACACAGAGCCACCUCUCUUUGACUUGCUGCAGAAACUGCAGAUAGUUAAACCGGAGCCACAGCAUCAGCACCAACAGCAGCAGCAUCAGCACCAACAGCAGCACCAACAGCAGCACCAACAGCAGCACCAACAGCAGCACCAACAGCAGCACCAACAACAGCAGCACCAGAAGCACCAGCAGCACCAGCAGCAACCUGGACAUACGUCCUGCAGUGAAACACAACAAGGGCCCAUAGUGACGCUUUUGUCACAGGAGGAUUUGAAAAAGUUGCCAAAAAGUGAUCGAGAAAACCUCACAUUACCAUUUCCUCACAUGACUGGGACGAUGGCGGCCGGAGUCCUGCUUUCACCGCAGACAUUUCAGCAGUCCUCCGUGAAAUUGUCAGCGCCCAAUGCUUCCGUUGCACAAAGCAUGCCUCCCCAGAUGGCCCACGAGACUUCUCAUGGUGUCGUGAGCAGGUCCCACCUGCAGGAAACCCUUAUUCACCUGCUCAAGAACGAUAAUGAAUUCCUCAAUAUCAUCUAUGAAGCAUACCUGGAAAGUUCAAGAAAAGCCUCUCUCAAUCUUUAAUUCAUCAUUGCCUCGAAAUUAGUGAAACUGGAAGUAAAAUGGCACUGUGAUGUAGAAAUGACUUGUAAUUAAGGAAAGACACAUCAUUUUAGUUCUCCGUUCUUAAUACUCAAUGUUCAGCCUCAAGCUUUCUGACAUUUUUUUAGAUGUAGCAAGCUGUUUAUUUUGUACACGAGGUAAUCUUAUGAACAAGGUGAGAUAUAGCAUUUAUUAAUUUGUCUUGACUGAAUAAAAUGUUUUUAACCUGUUUCAGCAUUCCCUAUGGCGUUAUAAUUUACAAGUAAAUAAUUGUAUGAAUUUCACUACUUUGUAGAUGGAAAUUUGCAGAAAUGUUUUACUAUUUUUAUCCUAAGUUUUGAAGAUCGUGUGUUUUUAUUUUAUUUACGGAUUGUUGGAAGCUCAUGUAUAUUUGUACUUUUAUACUGUGAUUUCAAAGCGACCUGGAUUAUUGAAAGAAUAAAAAUGAAUGAAUCUCAUUGUAACAGGAGAGUUUUGCAGUAUGUUUGGGAAAGUAUUAACGAAUUUGGAGAGUAUUAAAAUUUGAGCUAUUUCAAUCAACUUAGUUAUUGUGACUGGCAAACGUUAUCACAUCCUCUUGCAUAUGCAGUGCACAGUAUAAUUGUAUUGGUCCUCACGGGCUCUCUGACUUCCACGAGCACAUGGAAAUCUGUGUAUCUUGUUCAAAACUUGUACGGCACAGACAUUUGAAAUAAAACAUUCAAACUGCA